AUGCUAGGCAAGUACGUUCAAAAGAAAGAGAAAGAAAAUCCAGCCGAAAUAAAAACCACCACGCCCACAGAGGAAAUAAUUAGGGGCAGCGACAAGCAUGUGGGCGCCCAUUUGUCAAUACAGGGCGGGAUAGAGCUGAUUUUUGGCCGAAUAAAGAGCCUGGGGGCGCGAGCUGCUGCCAUGUUUCUGAAGCCGCAGAGAACGUUCACAGUGAAGCCGUACGCGCCCGAAACAAUUUGCGCGUUCAAACGGGAAAACACGCAGGAAAUGCUGCUGCCGCAUGCAUCGUACCUGAUCAACUUGGCGCAGCCGGAUGCGGAGAAGGCCAAAAAGUCGUACGGCCUGUUCCUAGACGAGCUGACCAGAUGCGACCAGCUGGAAAUUCCCCUGUGCAACAUACACCCGGGGAGCAACGUGGCAAAGCUUCCUAUAAAGGCAGCAUGCCAGCUGAUAUCUGAAAACAUAAACAGGGCGCACAAGGAGACCAAGAGCGUGACUGUGGUGAUAGAGAACAUGGCAGGGCAGGGAAACACGGUAGGGUCCAAGUUUAAGGAGCUUCGGAUGAUCAUAGACGGCGUGGAGAACAAGGAGCGCAUUGGCGUUUGCCUGGACACGUGCCACUUGUUUGGCGCAGGGUACGACAUACGCACGAAGAAGAGCUUUCAAAAGGUGAUGGACGAGUUUAACGAGGUGGUUGGCUUGGAGUAUUUGAAGGGAGUUCACAUAAACGACAGCAAGGAGGCGCUUGGAAGCAAAAAAGACAGACAUGCCUCAAUAGGAAAGGGGCUCAUUGGGCUCGAGGCCUUUGUGUAUAUUAUGAACAGCCCGCUGUUUAACGGGAUCCCCAUGAUAUUGGAGACUCCCGACCCAGAGAAGUACAAGGAAGAGAUAACUCUGCUUUACUCGCUUAUUGAAGGAAAGUGA